AUGCCUUUCACCAUGAAGACCGCCCUCAUCGCCGCCCUGGCCGCCGUUGCCACCGCCUUCCCCGCCGCGCCCAGGCUCAACGCCGAGCAGAUGAAGCUGUACCAUCUCGCCAAGCGACAGAACGCCGAUGCGCAACAGGGAGGCCUGACAGAUAUUGACAUUCUGCAAUUCGCCCUGACGCUUGAGUGGCUUGAGGGUACCUUCUACCAGCAAGGCUUCGCCCAGUUCCCGCCCGAGCAGUUCGCCGCUCUCGGCCUGAACGCGAAGCAAGUCGAUGACCUGACGCAGGUCGGCGCCACCGAGUUUUCCCACGUCACCCUACUGCAGUCGGCCAUUGCUCAGGCCGGUACCCAGCCCGUGCAGCCGUGCCAGUACAACUUUGGCUUCACCGACGCCGCCGGCAUGGUCGCCACGGCCGCCGUCCUAGAGAACGUUGGUGUCUCGGCCUACCUCGGCGCCGCGCCCCUCGUUGCGGACAAGUCCAUCCUCGCUACCGCCGGCAGCAUCCUGACGGUGGAAGCUCGCCACCAGACCUUUAUCCGUGCCGCGUCCCAGCAGGUCGCCAUCCCCCAGGGUUUCGAUACACCCCUCGGCCCCCGCGCCGUCUUCUCCCUCGCCGCCCCCUUCAUCACCUCGUGCCCCGAGGGCUCAAACCUCGCCAUCCAAGCCUUCCCCGCUCUGAAGAUGACGUCCCCUGCCGCGCCCGCUGCCGUCGCCAUUGGCUCCACCAUUCAGCUCCAGGCCGACACAACGGCCCAGGCCGUCGCCUGCGGUUUCACCUCGGGCGGAAUCUCUCCAGGCGGCACCGCCUUCACCGCCUUCAACCCCCAGACGGGCUGCGAGGUGCCCCAGGGCUUGGCCGGUGUGACCUACGUGACGCUCACCAGCUCUGCCCCCAUCAACGGCGCCUUGACCGACGACAUCACCCUGGCUGGCCCCAUGGUGUUGACCAUCUCCUAG